UCAAAUUGCCAAUAUGGCUGAUGCAGCAUUAGCACGUCGUGAAGCACGUAGAAGAAAAAUAUUAGAGAAUUCUCAUAACAGACUUCAACUUAUAUCAGGAAAAAAUGACAUCGAAAUUUGUAAAGAGCCUUCGAUUUCGAUCAAAGCGCCAAUACCUGAACCGAUCCUUGAGAACUCAAUUUUUCAAGAAAGCAGCAGUUCCAACAAGUGUGCACUUAAUAAUGGUGUAAUAAAUACUGGAGACCCAUUCGGUUUUGUGUCAACGAAUCACGAGAAUUUUGCAAUAGUUGAUGGAGAUGUCACCAUUCCAAGUCAUGACAUAGCAGCUUUUUUACCCGCGACAACUGAACCAACGCCACAGUCUCCGCCGUUAGUGGAAAAAUUAGUUAGCUAUAAAUACGACGUAGUGGUAAUAUCGUUAUUAAUUCAAUUGUUUUAUAGUUUUUCGUUAAUAACAUUUGAUAACACAUACUUCUUUCUUCCCAUAGUUUUGUAUAUCACAACAAAAUUAAUAUGGUUCCCAAAACAACAAAGUUCUAAUUUUGCCAAUGCUCUUUUACUUUUAAAUGGUAUGUCAGCCAGUAGAGUACAGAGAAUAAUGUCUGUCACACAAUGGAUAAGUGCAUUUUCUCAGGAUGUGUGUGUAUUUUUAUUCACAAUAAUUUGUGUACAGUCCCUUUGUGAGAGUGUGAGAAGCAAUAUAUAGGAUUACAUUUUUCUGUUUAUCCACAAAUUCAGGGCUUUUUGAUGACUGAACAGUUUCUAUUUAAGCAAGCUAAGGUUACUGGGAAUGUAUCAUGGUUUGAAUGCUUGUGCCUUUAUAUGUAAGUGAGAUGUGACAAGUGUGCGUUUUAGUCACAUAUUGCCAUUAUAGUUUUAAAUUUGUAAGUUUGUACAUAGUGAAAUAGAAAAUUUUUGUAUUAUCAAAUAAUAGUUAUAUUGUGUGCAGUUGGUAUUUUGGGGAGUGUAUAAUUUGUUAUUAUUCAUUCAUUUGUUCUGAUAUAACGUCAAUGAGUGCUGUGAUUCAUGUUUUUCUAUGGGGAAGAUUCAUUCAUUCUAUGAUAAAAAUAUUUGUAAUACAUUUUCCACUUAUUGCAUUUAAUAUCAAAUAUAUUUGUAUAUUUUUGUAUUUUUUCUAUACUUACGAUGUUAUGCAUGUAAAUUUUUAAAGCAUCUUAUCUUGUUUUUUUCAAUGAAGAUUACAUAAACAAAAAGUGGUUCAAUAUCAUGUAAUUAAUUAAUUAUUUUUUAAAGUUUAGAUCAUCAAUUAAAUGACAAAGUUAGUAUAAUAAUUGUUACGUUCAUUUUAGUUUACUGUAACAUUUGUAUGUGUACAAAUUUUAUUAGAAUAAUUUAUGUAAUGUAAUAAAUUUCUUCCAAUUAAUGAGUUUGAAUGUUCAUUAAAAAUGUCAGCUGUUGUACUGCAUUUAAAGGACACUUGAAACUGAAUGUGUAUCAUGGCAGUUUGUGACUGAAAAGAGAAUUUGUAAUCUUCAAUUGGCAAUAUUUAUAACUUAUGGCUUAUUUGCUCAACAUAACUUAUUCUAGGCACUUGUUAUGUAUAUUGCAUGUAUGAUAUGACAUUUAUAACGUUAUGGGUUCUUGCAGAAAUUUAUAAUCAAAGUACAACAGACACUUAAGCUGGCUUCAAACCAAAGACUUAGAAAGUUAAUGAAUAAUUCACAUAAAAUAUAAUCUAUGUAUUCUAUUUAUUCAUGUAUAAUUGCUUCAUCAUGCUUUUAUCUUUAAUGCUAAUACAGUUUAUUUAUUUAAUUCAAUUUUACCAGCUUAAUGCCUGUUGUUGUAAAUAGACAAUGAAAUAUAAAUAAAAUAUUUAUUUUAAUUAUAUUUUGUAACAAACUUUUGAAAUAAAAAAUUGCUCUAACAAUGUU